AUGGGGAGGAGAGAGGAGGCGCUGAAAUGCCCACAGCCGGCGCCCGGGCUGCGCUCGUUCGGCCGCAGGCCGGCGGCCGGGCCCUCGCGCCGCCCGCGCCGCCCCCGGCCCGCGCCGCGGCCCCCUCCCCCGCUACCUGACCACGGGCGGCCGGCGGCCGCGGCAGCCGCAGCGGUGGUGCGCGCCGGUGCACAUCCCCGGCCAGGGUAUUCCCCGCAUUUCCCAACGCACCGGACCCCCCUCCCCCGCCCCGCCGAGGUCUCUCCCAUCCCCGCCCCCUCCGACCCUCACCCCGGCGGAACCGGCCAGGGGCCAGGGGCGCGCGCGCCGGCGAGGCGGAUGGAGUUCAGCGGCGGCGAUGUCGCUAAUAAAGUGAAACAAGCUCCCAACGCUGGAGGAGGCAGGAAAAACACAGCACCGAGGCCACUUACCGAGCCGAGGAGGGACCCAGAUUCCCGCCGCUCCGCUCUCCCAGUGGUCGGUCCGCCCUCCGCGCACCCCGGCGCGGCACCCAGCAGCCCCGAGCGAGCGCGGACGUGGAGCGACGCCGCGCACCAGCUGGGAGACCCUCCAAGUUGCUCCGGGCUCCGGGAGCGCCCACGGCCAAGACACAACUUGGCAGAGACUUGUGCCACAGUCACCGCGGGGGUUUGUGCGGCGACCCUCCUGCGCCCGGCUCGCCGCCUCUCCACCCCCUCACCUCCAGCCCGCCCCCGCCGGCCGCCUGCCCGCCCGCCCGCCCGCCGGCCUCCGGGCCGCGAGCCCCUCCGGCGGCUGUCAGCUCCUGGCCGCCGCCGCCGCCGCCGGGUGACAGGGGCGAGAGGCGGGCGCGACGCGGCGGCCCGAGCCCGAGCGGGCGAGGGGGAUCCUCGCAGCCGCGGCGGCCGCUCACCUGGAAAAGGGAGGGCGGGCGCGGAGGGAGGGGAGAGAUCCCGACCGCCGGCCGCGGCUCCUCUCGCCUUUAUUUAUUUUUCUGACACUGUGCGCGGAGGGGCGGCGGGGCCGGGGCCGCCGGGCUCGGGCGGGAGCCGCGAGGCCCGGGCCGCAGCUGUCUGCGUGCGGGAGCCGCAGCGGCCGCCUCCCCUCCCGGGCUGUGGACGCACCGGGUUAUUCCUGGCAGCGCCUCCCCGAACAGAAGUUACUAGGAGGAGUGCGCGGCGAGGGCGGGCGGAGGGAGGGAGGAAGAGGGAGAGACUCAGCCAGCGACGUCAUCGGAUCCCCCAGCGCGUCCCAGGGAGGGAGGCCGAACCAGAAAAACCAGUCUGGAGCCGGAGAGCGGGGAGCGCGGUGCGGCGCGCGGGGCGACCGGGGCGCGAGGGCAGGGCCGGCUCCUCGGCGGCCGCGCCGGGUGGGAGACUGCGGCCGUCCUCCCGCUGGCGGGCAGCGGGGAACUCCCUGGAGAGCUGGACCUCGGAUCCCUUGCCUCUCCCUCGCCCCCGCCUCUAUUCACAAUUCUGGUAUCCGUCCAGAAAAAUAAGACCAGCCUGCAGCUCCCAGGUGCAUUUCUGGAGCUCAGCAGAGUGUUUUACCAGCACUUUCCGUGCCCCUGCGGACGCGCCAACUUUUCUCGCGCGCGCGCUACGCCCCCGGGGAUGCUUUCCCGGGGUCGCUUCCCGGGACGCCUCGGGCGCACCCAGGGACCACAGUCCUCCCCCGCCGGGGUUUCCGAAUGGGUUUGGGCAACGGCAGAGCCAAGCAGCUGCUGGGUUCCCGGUGGGUCGCGCCGGGACCUCGGGGCGGGCAACCACCUCCACCCGCGCGCUCGCCUCUUCUCGGAAGGGACCGGGAGUAGGAGCGCACCCAGCCCUGGGAGGGCGGGCGAGGGAAUCCCAGGCGAGCGGGGGCCGGGGCUCUCUCGGCUUCCUCCCCGGCCCGGCGACACCUGGGCUCCCUCGAGCCGUUACCCGGCGUGUGUGGACUCGUGUGCACUCUCCGGCGAGGUUCCCGGGAGGCCAGCGCCCGGAGCGCCUCCUCCGGGUGGGCUCCCCGCCGGGCGCGGACCGCGCGCCGCCACGCCUGGGCUUCCGAGCCGCCGCGCCCGGCCGAACCCAGCCGAGCGCCCGGGGCGCCUCCCCGCUCGCCUCUUCCCCUCCUCCCCCGGCCGCGCCACCGCCCUGCCUGGGGCGGAGUAAACAAGAGACGCGCAAGAUUUGA